AGUGUGUUUGUAAUAUAUCAUUCAUUGGUUUUACAUCUACCAGCUUAACAGAAAUUAAGAAUUUUGUGUUUUACUGCAUUAGUGAUUAAAUCAUUUUUCAAGUUUUUUUAAUAGGUUUUAAAUUUAUCAAAUUGUAUAGUUAAGCAGCAUUAAAUAUUUUUAUUAACAGCAAAUGUCAUCUGGAGGCGUGUCAGAUCAGAUUAAAAUUGCCGGAAAUUCAGCAAAAAAUAAUGAGGAACGAAAUGUACCGUGGAGUCAGCAAGUUGACGAGGCAUCUUAUGAAAAUUUAGCUUUUCCAUCAAACGAUAAUAUUGUCUCUAAUAACAACUUAACACAGUUUCAAUAUCCUCCUUUUAAUGUUAAAGAAAAUCAAAACGCUUCUUGGAAUAAUUUCAAAUCGCGAAAAUCUAAUAACUCUGAAAUAAAUAAAAAAUACAACAAACCUUCAUUUUAUAAUAAUUUGAAACGUGAUGACAACCCGCCUAAUACCUGGGGUAAUUCAAGAAAAAUCAUUUCUGAUAUGUCAGGAAAUAGUAAUCAUUCUAAUAGAGCAAGUACUGAUUUUUCAACUGCAAGAUUAGAAAGCAGAUCUAGUUUUGUUUCUUCAGUAGAAGAAAAAAAAACAAGUAGUUCGACUAUAGCAGCACCGAAAAAGACAACAUGGGCCUCAAUUGCAUCACAGCCGGCAAAAUUGAUUUCAAGGACUACGCUAACUACUUCAAUUCAUAAAAAGAAAGGGCCGGGUAUGCCUCCGCCACCAAUGGUCCCAGGAAAGCAUAACUUAGAUGUUAACUCCUGGGAGGUUCCAAACAACAAUCCGCUACCAGUUCCAUCACCCCCUCCGCCAAUAUUAACUUACACUGAACAAAAUAUAAAAUCAACUAUUAUUUGUUCUGAGUCGAAUAUUGGAACUUGUGCGGCUAAAAGCUUAAAGGGAACAGAUUUUAUUAAAAAUGACAAAGAUUCAGGAUAUGACAAUUGUAAUUUCAUAAAAAAUAAAAAUUCCCCUAACGUACAGAUGCGCAAAAAUUGGUCGUCACAGACUAGCACAGAAAGUAGACAAGGUGGAUCCUUUAAUAAGAUGCGUAAUGACAGUAAUGGAAGUGGAAAUUCUAAUAGAUUAACAGAGCGAAAAGCUUAUGGUGGGGCAAAUAAUACAUCGAUUGAUUUACGAAAAGAAAACAAUACACGAGUUACCCAACAAGCGCCUUAUGUUAAGGAAAAUAGCUUAGAUUCCGGUCAAGCAGUUCUUGACGAACUUCGUGACAAAAAUAAUUAUAAUCCAUCAAACAUUGAUUUAGAAAAAGCUUCUCUUGCUAGAUUUUUUGUUAUAAAGUCAUAUUCAGAAGAUGAUAUUCAUCGAAGCAUAAAAUACGAAAUAUGGUGCUCAACUGAUCACGGGAACAAGCGGCUGGACGAUGCUUUUAAAGAACGUCAAAAAGAAAAUGGGAAUAUUCUGCUUUUUUUCUCUGUAAAUGGAUCAGGUCAUUUUUGUGGAAUGGCUCAAAUGAUGACUCCCGUUGAUUAUAAUUCUACGUCCAGCGUAUGGUCACAAGAUAAGUGGAAAGGAAAAUUUAAAGUUAAAUGGAUAUAUGUUAAAGAUGUUCCCAAUAAUAAACUUCGUCACAUUCUUCUUGAAAACAAUGAAAAUAAAUCAGUAACUAAUUCUCGAGAUACGCAAGAAGUUCCAAACGCUAAGGGAAUAGAAGUUUUACAGAUUUUACAUUCAUAUCAACAUAAAACAUCCAUUUUUGACGACUUUUAUCAUUAUGAAAAAAAGCAAGUUGAAGAAUCGACAAUUAAAAAGCCUCUUCACCAUGAACACAAUAAUCUUUCUCAAAAUCAUUCUCCUAACAGUCGUCUUUUUACACGUCAAAAUGAAGAUCGCGAAAUGCGUACAGGACCGUCAAAGUAUUCAAAUAAUAACUCUGGAUCUUCAUUCCGUGACCGAAAUAAUUUACAUAAAGGAAAUAACUACCACAAUAAUUAUAAUGAACAUCGUCGUUAUGAUGGUAAUAGAUUUCCUAGUAACGCUGAUUAUCCAUAUAAAGAAAGAGAUAUUGAUACAGAUAGAGAAAAUACAACACUUUCCAACCGAUAUUCACUAAAAGUUGAUUCUAAUCGAAGAGAGGAACGUACUCAAUCUAAACAAAAUCGGGACCGAGAUUCCAAUAAUGACGACCACAAUAAAAGCGAUUUACGUAUUCGAUCAAUGAAAUAAAUACAAAUGGUAAAAAUGGUUAAAUAUGUUUGAACAAAAAAAUAUGUAUUUUAAGGCACCGAUUAUUUAAAAACCAAGUGAAAUCUUGGAACUGACUACUAAUUGAAAUGUAACGGAUAUUACCGUAAUAUAUGAGACAAUUAUAUUAUGUUUUUAAAGUCGUUUUGAAAAUGUGGUUUAAAAUUAAACCUUAUCACUUUAUUAUAAUUACAUAUUUUUACUUACUCGUAACAAUUUAUUAAUAUAUUAAGCAAUUAAAAACAUACAAAAUUAUACAUCAAGGAUUUGCUAAUGUGAAACCUUGAACUUGCACUGUAACAGUUAGAAUGUUAUUACCAUCAUACAUGUCUUAC